CAACAUUUAAAUGGAUGAGAAAAAAAGAAAAAUUGUAAUAAGAAGUGCUAAUCUAUCUAGAUCUACAAAACUUUUUAGCAAAAUGGUACAAUUUAUAUUUGUGAUUUUUAGAAUCCAUUUGUAAAAAUAAUCACCUAAAAAUAAGAAUAUCGUUCAUCAAUUAGUAAAGCUGCUGAAAAGAGACCUGUUUGGAAUGACACAGAAUUAAUUGAAGUUGAUAUUGGAGAGAAUGUCAAGUUAUAAAUACUAGAUGUAUAAAUUUAUAUAUACUACUAGUUUAAUUCAAGAGAUGAGCCAGAAUUAAUAGCCGAAACAACUCUAACUAGCAAAGACUUGUUAGGGUGUGUUCUUAAGACAGAUGUUUUUUAUAAGCAAUAAGUUGUUGGUUAAAUAGAAUUAGAAAUCUAAAAAACAAUAAAAUAAGAUGGCAUUUAUGUAUAACAUAUAGCACAAGAAGUUAUAAAUACUGUUUAAUAAAAAUGCUUAGGUCCUUAAUUUUAGUAUCCAUGA